AUGACUUUUCCCCCUACUGUUUUGUGUAGAACAUUUUCUUUUGUUUUUCAUCAAACAAGCACAAUUGAACUACUGCAAUUGCAGAAUCACUCUUAUAUAAAACGAAAAGAAUCAGAAAUGUCCACAAUCCCAAACUUUAAGCUAAAUACAGGUGCAGAAAUCCCAGCUAUCGGUUUUGGUACAUGGAGAUCUACUGAACAAGAAGCUUAUAAUGCUGUCAUUGCAGCACUAAAGGCUGGUUACAAGCACAUUGAUACUGCUGCAGUCUAUGGCAAUGAAGAGAUUGUAGGCAAGGCCAUCAGGGACUCGGGUAUCUCGAGAAAUGAACUAUUUAUUACUACAAAGCUAUGGAGUACUGAUCACCAAAGAGCAGAACAAGCGUUAAGAGAAUCUCUUAAAAAGCUCGGAGUUGAAUAUGUUGACUUAUAUCUUAUGCAUUGGCCUGUUACUAUGAAUGGUGAUGGUAACGAUGCCUUAUUUCCAACAAGGGAAGAUGGCUCUAGGGAUCUUAUCGAUCCGUCGAAAUGGUCUUAUCUUGAUACUUAUCUUUCAAUGGAAAAGUUGCUAGAGACUAAGUUGACCAAGGCAAUCGGUAUCUCUAACUUUUCUCUGGAUAAAGUGCAGGUUAUCUUAGACAAAGCAAAUGUAGUGCCUGCUGCCUUACAGAUUGAGUUGCACCCUUUUCUACCUCAACAAGAGUUAGUCGACUUCUGCCAAUCCAAGGGCAUUUUGGUUGAAGCAUACUCUCCCCUAGGUUCAGCUGGCGCUCCACUUUUACAAACAGCUCAACUACAAGAAAUUGCGGCUAAAUAUAAUACUACACCAGCAGCUAUUUGUAUCUCAUGGUCUGUUUGGAGAAAGGUUGUUCCGCUUCCAAAAUCUGUCACUCCAGAGAGGAUUGCAGCAAAUUUGAAGAUAGUCGAAUUAAGUGAUGAAGAUGGCAAGGCGAUUUCUAAUUUACAUAAAUCACUAGGCAUCAAAAGAUUUGUCUCCCCGGAGUGGGGUAUCAAAAUCUUUGAUUAG